AUGUCUUCUUCCGAGAGCGGACUGUCAGAUAUUGACGACCCGAUGGCUGUAGUCUCAGAUGACGAGAUUGCACCGGAGCCAGAGAUCUUUACAUCCGAUACUGAGAGCGACCCAGAUAUGCUAUCAGACGACGAGGACGGCUUUCAGUCGUUCGAGUUGCCUGACUUUGGAGAUGACUUACCCCUUGCUGAUGGUAUUCCAGACGAGGAUCCUUUUGUUGUUCCCAUUCCAGUCCAUGAUCAUCUCUUCAUUGGUCAUCCCGAUGGUGAGCAUAUUGUGGCUCCGGUCCUCACUCCUGUUCCUCUCGUGGUCAUUCCUCCCGAGGAUUGGCCUUUUGACGAUCUGUUUGAUGAUGACGUUGAUCUGUUUGUUGAUGGUCCUCCUGAUGAUGCCCAUGGUGAUGGAGAGAUAGACGAGGAUGUUGUUGCUAUUCCACCUCUUGAGAUUCCUGUUAUUGAGUUAUCCUCUGAUUCUAGUUUGCACUGUGUCUCAGAUUCCUUUGAGUCUGUGACGUCCUCAGCCUUACAGGCGGUCGGAUUACGGCGUUACGCUACUGAUUCUGACGAUGAUACUGUGAUGUCAGCUGCACCAUCUCCGCCACACGACCCCGAGCCUGGUCCUGAGCCAGAUCUUGCUCUCGUUGAUCAGCCUGAUGUUGCACCUGCUGAUCCUGAGCCCAUACCUGAUCAUGACCCUAUUCCUUUUGGUCUACUAGAUGUUGCACCCCUUAUACCUGACCCAAUUCCUGCACCUGUUGAUCCUCCUGUUGUUGAGCCAUUUGUUCCUCCACCUGCACCCACUGAUGUUGCUCCUCUUCCCCCUGUAGAGUCCGAUGUCCAUCGUGUUGAUUUGCCUAUUAUUUUCCUUCAGGACAUACCCGCACCCCGUCCAGGAGAAGGUACUUCUGGUCAGCACCCGCGUGAUGAUCCUUAUGUUUCAGCAGCUCAUUCCCAGAUCCCUCAGUCUGCACCUUUUGCUCCUUUUACUUCUUCACCACUUGAUGAGCCAUUCUGA